AACUGGUUGAGAUAUGUUGAGAGAAGGGCUCUGUAUGGAGGUGGCCUGUGAAACGGCCCGCGGCACAACACGCACUCCCCUCCUACGGUUUCCCGAGUUCUUAUAUGGAAGGGAACCCAGCAGUAGAGAAAGACAGAGAGGCUGUGUGUAUACUGUGAGUUGGGCUGAGUUCAUCCCGCAUUCGUUUAACAGUCACGCGUGUUAGCUCAAGUUGGAGUGAGCAGCUGUUGUAGGUAGAACAACGUCUUGGCUGACUGAACGCGCCAUUGAAUGAGAGUUUUGUACGAUUCCCAGUGCUGUUGGGUGUGAUUGCGGCAAUAGAUUGUUUCAAACUCUUCUGGUAGUCAAAGAAGAUUCCUCGCGUGUUAAACCAACUCUGGAGGGAAGUUACAGACAACCAGUUUUCUUUAAGAACAACGGCGCCCUUGGAUUGACCUAUACAUAGGCAGUACAUACGCGUUCCACCGACAAGAAAGAAAAAAGAUGAAUUCCAGUGACCAACCAAACCAAAGGAGCGGAAACGAGGAACUAUGGAGAACAGUUUUCAAUCAAAUAUUCGGGGAACUUCAAAAUAAUCAUCCGGCUGACGAAUGGGCUCUGCGACUUGUCGAUGAAUUGACAUCGCCCACCAAAGGAGUGGAGGCACCGCCCAACCCAGAAACCCAACCAGAGGAAAUCGUCGAACGAGAACUAAUAGACUUGGAAGCCGCAAUAACGCUCGAACAAACCCAAACAGAAACAGAUUUUACAUGUGAAAGUAAAGAGGUCAUUCAAACCGAAUCGGCUUGCCCGCAUCAAGACAGCGGUGCUGAAGAUAGUUUUAAUGGUCAAGCCGACAGUGCCGCAACCGUCACGUUGUUAUCAGCGUCAAAUCUUAUGCAGGCGAAUAAUGCAGAACGGUGUCUCGAUAUCAGUCUGCAAGAGAAAGCAACCGAACCGUUAGAUAUGCAACGGGACCAACCGGUUGAGCAUGAUAGUAGUAUGCUAUUAGGACACGAGGACAAUCAAGUUGAUACGACCAACAUCCAAGAAGACCAAGUUCAGGCAGUAGACAAAGUGCAGCUGCACUUGGAACCUCCAGGCGAAGCUGCCAAACAAGGGAACCAAGGAGAAUCAAAUGGUUGUUCAGACGAGGCCGCCGAAAAGCUACAAGAACUCGAGACCGGGUCGAGCGGUGGCCUGGAGGCACGAGACCGUGCUGUACAUAUUGAGCCUGAAAGAGAAAACGAGCCCAGCGCAGAGCUCAUUCAUAACAUUCAAGAUGAAGAGGAGAAAGAAAGCCGAGAAGUUCCCAACUCUAACGAACCAAUCCAGCAAGAGACGGUUCAAGAAAUUCCUCUAGAUCAGCAGCAAGAAAUCGACGAGGCGUUGGCUGUUUUCGAUGGCAUUGAAACUGAGACACCAAACGAACAAGUGACAGAAGCGCAUGUUGUUGACACUCAAGCCGAACCCAAAGUAGAGGAUACAAAUGAAGUCUCGGAAAAAGAAAAUGAACCAAUUGCACUUAGUGAAAUUGAUCAAGAGAAUCAACAAAUAGUCGACUCAAAUGAAUCAGAGAAACAAGAGCCUGUUCAAAAUCAAGAAAUUCCUCCAGUUCAACCCGAAAAAGCUACCGAGACAGAAACAGAAGCUGUUAAUGUACAAACUGAAACCAAAGACGAAGCAGAGGAAGAAACUAUCAAAGAGAAGAUUGAAGAAGUAUCAGAAAAAAUUGUAUCAGCGAUUGUUUUGAAUGGUUUCGAAAGCGACGAACCAGUGACAGACGCUCAAGUUGUUCAUGUACAGACCGAAGAAAAAGACGGACUCUUAAAAAACAACGUAGAAGUGGAUGAGACUAUAAAUAAACAAGAAGGGUCAGCAUACGAAACCACUCAAGAGAAAGAGGCAGAUGUUUCGCAUAAACCAGAUGAACCUAUAGAGACCCACUUUGACUCGGAAUCGCCACAAGCCAUCCAUGUUAAUGGUGAGCAACCAAUUGAAACGACGGCAGACUUGGUAAAUGACGUAUCGUUAGUUUUUAACGAAGAAAAGCUCAUCAGCGACGAAAAUCCACCGAGACAAUUAGAAGAAAUGGAGAUCGUACCAGUUCAGGUACUUCCGCCUCGCCCACCCCAGCGUCUGGGAGCGAGUUCCCCUCAAUUAGCUGCAGGUUCAAAUGACAACAGUCAAAUUAACGGAUCAAGUGCAGAGAGCAAGAAAUCGCCUGGAAAGUCUCAAGACAAUGAGGGUAGCAGGAAACCCGAGUGGAUGCGAAGACCACUUGUGAGAAAAGGUUCAGUCGGUCGCUUGUUCGGUCGAAUGAAAGUAACGAUGCAAUCAAAACGCUUCCAUCACGAUCGACUUCCAGUGGUUCCACCACCACAGCCAGAACCACCCAAACGCCCUCCGCGUAGAAAGACCCUGGCUAAUUUGGAUCUGAGCCGAGAACCCGAGGUAACCAGUCGAGAUGAAACUGUGUUCCAAUCACCCCCACCCACAACGCCAAAAUCGGCACCUGCUAACGACUUUGAAAACAGAUCCGCUACACUCCGAUCAACUACUUCCGAUCGCAAAAAGAAAAAUUCCAUUGGUCGUUUUAUCGGCCGCGUCUUAUCUACUAAACAUCUUAAUGCGACAGAAGAAACGCAAGUCGCAGCGGAAGAGUCCCCAUUACUUCAACAAGAGCCUCCUACAAGUCCCGUUGCUCAAAAUCCAAACCCGGAGCCUUUGCCAACGACGCCAGUUCCAUCGGAAAAAUCUAAAAAAGGGCCAGUGACAGCUGUGAAUGAAGCCGUGGCUGAUGUGGGAAUAUUCAUUCGUCGCAUAUUACGUCCCAAAACACCGACGGCGGAUGAAUCAAAGGAAAAGCCCUCACCACAAAGACCACCGCCACCCAGCCGUCACCAAACGCCCACACCGAAUGAGAAAUCUUCAAUUACAAUUGGAAAAGUUGGUCUACAAUUUGAUUGUCAGACAUCGAUCAAGUUUCUUGAUGAAUGGUAUCAUGUAAUGAAUGGGAAAUCGGCGAGAGGGAUCGCAAAAUGUGAAGUUAUUGUUCAUCAGGACGGUAACGGUAUUUCCCACGGAGAAGUUAUUGUUCGUCUCUACGAACAACAGUCUCAGCAUUGCACAUCAAAUGUGUAUGAUACAACAGACGACUGGGAUGCCGAUGGAAUAACAAAGGUGCUAACCGAUGUGAGGGACGUUGUAUGUAGCAAAUUCUAUCCAGAAUCCGGAUGAGGACGACACUCAUCAUGAAAAGAUUGUGUUAAGCCUGAGCGGAAAUGUCUGCCAAUGCAAAUCUACUCGUUAAAAAAAAAAAAAAUUGGAUGAUUACAAUUUGCAUCAUCUAAUAAAACCACUCGCUGCUCUCUUGGGAAGGAAAUAAG